UAACGCAUCAAUUCAUGGCUUGAACAGUGUGAUUAAACUCGAGUUUACUGGUUCCUGUGGAAGAACUGGCUCAUAAAAAGGACUUUCAAUGUGGAGGAAGGCAUGGACGAGCCAGAGGAAUCGACUGAAGGGGCAAGCUAUGCUAUCGACACAAGGGCUCCUCCUCCUGUUGAUGCUCCUCCCCCUUGGCUUGGAAGCUCCUCCUGCUCCAGUCACUCACUCCCUCAGUCUGGUGCCCUGUCCUGGCAAGCUGCAAUCCAUGCUGCAAGGCAUGCCAAGGGUGAUUGCACCCAGAACGUGAGUGGGAAUUUGGCAUUGGACACCGUUCCUGUGGGUUCGCUGUCACAGAAGAAGAGGCAGCAGUAUGCUAAGAGUAAGAAGCAGGGCAGUGCCACCAACAGCAGGCCCCCAAGGGCACUUUUCUGCCUCACUCUUAAUAACCCUAUACGCAGGGCGUGCAUCAGUCUAGUGGAGUGGAAACCUUUUGAUGUCUUUAUAUUGCUCUCUAUUUUUGCCAAUUGUGUGGCCUUAGCUAUUUACAUCCCAUUUCCUGAAGAUGAUUCCAAUUCAACUAAUCAUGACCUGGAGACAGUAGAAUAUGCCUUCCUGAUCAUUUUUACUGUUGAAACCUUUCUGAAGAUCAUAGCCUAUGGACUAGUAAUGCACCAAAACUCCUAUGUUAGAAAUGGAUGGAACAUGCUGGAUUUUGUUAUUGUCAUUGUUGGACUGUUCAGCGUGGUCCUGGAGCUGAUGACCAAAGAGGGCGAUUCAGGUCAAUCAGGAGGGAAGCCAGGCGGGUUUGAUGUCAAAGCUCUGCGAGCUUUUCGGGUGCUCAGACCCCUUCGCCUUGUCUCAGGAGUACCCAGUUUACAGGUUGUGUUGAACUCUAUUAUUAAAGCCAUGGUUCCUCUGCUGCACAUUGCUCUACUUGUUCUCUUUGUUAUUAUCAUCUAUGCGAUUAUUGGCCUGGAACUUUUUAUCGGGAAGAUGCAUGCCAGCUGCUACAUGGAUGGCACAAGUACGUUAGCAGAGGAAGAACCUGCUCCUUGUGCACUGUCAGGUCAUGGCCGGCACUGUUCAGUAAAUGGCUCUUCAUGUAGAGAUGGCUGGCAUGGGCCCAACAAUGGCAUCACCAACUUUGACAACUUCAUGUUUGCUAUGCUGACAGUGUUCCAGUGUAUCACCAUGGAGGGAUGGACUGAUGUGCUGUACUGGAUGAAUGAUGCAAUGGGGUUUGAGCUGCCAUGGGUUUACUUUGUCAGUCUGGUCAUCUUCGGUUCUUUCUUCGUCCUCAACCUUGUUUUAGGUGUUCUUAGUGGAGAGUUCUCUAAGGAACGCGAGAAAGCAAAAGCACGUGGCGAUUUUCAGAAGCUGAGGGAAAAGCAGCAGCUGGAAGAAGAUCUGAAAGGCUACCUGGACUGGAUAACACAGGCCGAGGACAUUGAGCCAGAGAAUGAGGAGGAUGGAGACCAGGAGGGCAAACGCAACCCAAGCAUGCCCACCAGUGAGAGUGAGUCUGGUAACACCGACAGCCCGAAUGGAGAAGAUUACAGGAGCCGCUGCUGUGGACCCAUCUGUCAAAAAAUUACAAAGUCAAAGUUCAGUCGUAGCUGGCGUCGCUGGAACAGAUUCUGGCGCAGGAAGUGCAGAGCAGCGGUAAAAUCUACCACCUUCUACUGGCUAGUUGUUGUGCUAGUGUUCCUUAACACCCUUACCAUAUCCUCUGAGCACUACAACCAGCCGGACUGGCUUACUGAGGUGCAAGAUGUGGCCAAUAAGGUGCUGCUGGCCAUGUUUACCUGUGAGAUGCUGAUUAAGAUGUACAGUCUAGGACUACAAGCAUAUUUUGUCUCCCUGUUUAACCGCUUUGAUUGUUUCGUGGUGUGUGGCGGCAUUGUUGAAACCAUCCUCGUAGAGCUGGAGAUCAUGUCACCUCUCGGCAUUUCUGUCCUACGCUGCGUCCGUCUGCUCCGCAUCUUUAAAGUCACACGUCACUGGGCAUCUCUGAGUAACUUAGUUGCAUCCUUGCUGAACUCCAUGAAGUCCAUUGCAUCCCUGUUGCUGCUACUAUUUCUCUUCAUUAUCAUCUUCAGUCUGCUUGGCAUGCAGCUGUUCGGUGGCAAAUUCAACUUUGAUGAAACAGUCACCAAAAGGAGCACCUUUGACAACUUCCCGCAAGCCUUGCUCACUGUCUUUCAGAUCUUGACAGGUGAGGACUGGAACACAGUGAUGUAUGAUGGUAUUAUGGCAUAUGGGGGCCCUUCCUCCUCAGGCAUGGUGGUGUGCAUCUACUUUAUCAUACUUUUUAUUUGUGGAAACUACAUCCUGCUGAAUGUAUUCUUGGCCAUUGCUGUUGAUAACCUGGCAGAUGCAGAGAGCCUAAACUCAGCACAGAAAGAGCAAGAGGAGGAGAAUAAGAGGAAGAAGAAAGCCAGGAGGGGAAGUACUGACAAGAAAGAGGAGGAGAAUACGCAGGGUAAAGAAGGAGAAACCAAGGUUCCAUUAGAAAAUGAGGAAGAGGAUGAGGAGAGAGAGCCAGUUUAUUCUACAGGGGAAGAUACCAAGGCUGAUGGUCCAUCCAAAACCCGUAUUCAUCGGCUUUCAAACUUUAGCAUCAAAGAGAAGGCUCAGCCCAUUCCUGAGGGCAGUGCCUUCUUCAUCUUUAGCCACACAAAUCCAUUCCGUGUUAAGUGCUAUCGUCUGAUCAACCACCAGAUCUUUACCAACAUUACCCUCGUCUUCAUCAUGCUUAGCUCUGUCUCGUUGGCAGCUGAGGACCCCAUUCGAAGCUACUCAGCACGUAAUAUUAUUCUUGGUUAUUUUGACUAUGCCUUCACAGCUAUCUUUACAGUAGAGAUCCUGCUGAAGAUGACAGCUUAUGGAGCAUUCCUGCACAAAGGAGCAUUCUGUAGAAACUACUUUAACUUGCUGGAUCUGCUGGUUGUUGGAGUGUCUUUGGUUUCAUUUGGCAUACAGUCUUCAGCCAUUUCUGUGGUGAAAAUUUUACGAGUACUAAGAGUGCUCCGGCCUCUGAGAGCCAUCAACAGAGCCAAAGGACUGAAGCAUGUGGUUCAGUGUGUGUUUGUGGCCAUCAGAACAAUUGGCAACAUCAUGAUCGUCACCACUCUCCUGCAGUUUAUGUUUGCCUGCAUUGGAGUGCAGCUCUUCAAGGGAAAGUUUUAUUGCUGCACAGAUGAGGCCAAGGCAAGUCCAGAAGAAUGCAAGGGAACAUACAUUUUGUAUAAUAUUGGGGAUAAUGCCUUGCCACAGAUUCGAGAGAGGAUUUGGUACAACAGUGACUUCAACUUUGACAAUGUCCUUAUGGCUAUGAUGGCUCUCUUUACUGUGUCCACCUUUGAGGGCUGGCCAGCACUCUUGUACAAGGCCAUAGAUUCAAACCGUGAGAACAUGGGACCCAUCUACAACUACCGUGUGGAGAUCUCCAUCUUCUUCAUCAUCUACAUCAUCAUCAUUGCUUUCUUUAUGAUGAACAUCUUUGUGGGUUUUGUCAUCGUCACUUUUCAGGAGCAGGGAGAAAAAGAGUACAAGAACUGUGAACUGGAUAAAAAUCAGCGUCAGUGUGUAGAGUAUGCUUUAAAAGCUCGUCCUUUGCGGAGAUACAUCCCGAAGAACCACUACCAGUAUAAAUUUUGGUAUGUGGUGAACUCCACUGGAUUUGAAUAUGUCAUGUUUAUUCUCAUCAUCUUCAACACACUUUGUCUGGCUGUACAGCAUCAUGGGCAGUCUCAUCUUUUUAACUAUGCCAUGGAUGUUCUCAACAUGAUGUUUACAGGAGUCUUUACUGUGGAAAUGAUUUUCAAACUCAUCGCCUUCAAACCCAGGGGUUAUUUUGGUGAUGCCUGGAAUAUGUUUGAUGCCCUGGUGGUGAUUGGCAGCAUAGUAGACAUCAUUCUGAGUCAGACUCAGCACUAUUUUGCCGAUGCAUGGAACACGUUUGAUGCCUUAAUUGUUGUUGGUAGCGUCGUUGACAUUGCAAUCACAGAAAUCAAUAAUACAGAGGAUAGUGCACGAAUCUCCAUCACGUUCUUUCGAUUAUUUCGAGUCAUGCGCCUGGUCAAGCUGCUGAGCAGAGGAGAAGGCAUUCGAACACUUCUCUGGACCUUCAUUAAGUCAUUUCAGGCUCUGCCGUAUGUUGCUCUGCUGAUAGCCAUGCUCUUCUUUAUCUAUGCUGUGAUCGGGAUGCAGGUGUUUGGCAAGAUUGCAAUGGUGGAUGGAACGCACAUUAACCGAAACAACAACUUUCAGACUUUUCCACAAUCUGUGCUCUUGCUGUUUAGAUGUGCUACGGGGGAGGCAUGGCAGGAGAUCAUGCUAGCAUGUUUACCUGGCAAACUGUGUGACUCAGAAUCUGACUGCAAUCCUUUAGAGGAGAAAACCUGCGGCAGUAGCUUUGCCAUCAUCUACUUUAUUAGCUUCUACAUGCUCUGUGCUUUUCUGAUCAUUAAUCUGUUUGUGGCUGUCAUUAUGGACAAUUUUGACUAUCUGACACGUGACUGGUCAAUUCUGGGACCCCAUCACUUGGAUGAAUUUAAGAGGAUUUGGUCUGAGUAUGAUCCAGAAGCAAAAGGCAGGAUCAAACACUUAGAUGUGGUAACGUUACUGCGUAGGAUUCAGCCGCCACUGGGCUUUGGCAAACUGUGUCCCCACAGGGUGGCGUGUAAGAGGCUGGUUGCCAUGAAUAUGCCACUGAAUAGUGAUGGUACAGUCAUGUUUAACGCUACACUUUUUGCUCUGGUCCGAACUGCUCUGAAGAUCAAGACUGAAGGAAAUUUGGACCAGGCCAACGAGGAGUUGAGGGCUGUUAUCAAGAAGAUUUGGAAGAGAACCAGUCCAAAGCUUCUGGAUCAAGUGGUACCACCUGCAGGAGAUGACGAGAUAACGGUGGGAAAGUUCUAUGCCACUUUUCUGAUACAAGACUACUUUAGAAAAUUCAAGAAACGCAAGGAGCUAGGUCUCGUAGGACGCCAUCCAACCAGUCUUAAUACCACCAUUGCACUGCAGGCUGGUCUCCGGACUCUACAUGAUAUUGGCCCUGAGAUUCGCAGAGCUAUAUCAUGUGAUUUACAGGAUGAAGACCUGGUGGACCUUAACCCUGAUGAGGAAGAAGAGAUAUACAGGAGAAAUGGUGGACUUUUUGGAAACCACGUCAAUCAUGUGAAUGGAAAUCACAGAGGUCCUUACCGCUCCACUAAUGUCACUGAGCGACCGCUUCAAGUUCCACCACCUCCCUUUUAUGUACAAGUGGAGCCCUCUCCACACCCGCUCCAUGCCCAAAAUCAGGGCUCUCGGCCAUAUUCAAAUUCAAACCCUAACGCUUACCUCAAGUCCCCCAGGUCUUCAAACUCCAACCUCAACAACGCCAAUGUGCCAUGUGUGCCCUCAGUGGCCAGAGAAGGGCAGCGUCACUAUCACGCAGAUCGGCCCUUCAGGAGCCGGGUGUCUUCCCUGGGCUCCAACCUCAACCUUAAAUGUGAUGCAGAAUCACAUAGAAAGUCUCAUUUUAAGGGACCGGAAUACAAUGAGACCUAUAUUAGGUCAGACUCGUCAGCUGGUUUCUACCCCACCAUCUGCCGAAAUGUUUCCCCCUCCAGUAACAUCAGUGAUGAAGACAAAGCUUCAGGGGAAUAUUACAGUGGAGAGGAGUUUCAAGAGGAUGACCCAAUGCUUGCUGGAGACUGGGAAUCAUAUAGGGAGUAUCAAGAUGUAACAAGCAAGUCUGAGUCAGACACUGCUCAUGAGUACCAGCAGUCUGAGUGCUUUUAUGAUGAUGAUGAGCAACCUAUUUGCCAGGAACCUAAGAAGUCACCAAAGAGGAGGCUCCUUCCCUCUACACCUCAGGCUCAUACAAGACGUUCAUUCAACUUUGAGUGUCUGUGCAGACAAAGCAGUCAGGAUGAGCCUUCACAAUCUCGCUUUCAUCAUCACACCGCUCUACCUCUACAACUAAUGCAGCAUCAGGUCAUGGCAGUGGCUGGACUAGACUCCAGCCGGGCGCGAAUUUCUCCAACUCGCUCAGUCCACUCGUGGGCCACACCACCAGCCACACCUCCAUGCUACACUCCUCUCAUUCAGGUGGACUGGCACGAAGCUCCACCAAGCACCAGCAGCAGUCCGGCACUGGUUCGCCGCAGUUCAUGGUACACACAGCAGAGUCGUGAAUGGUCACCCAGAUCAGCCACACCCACUUCCUCACACCUACAGAUCCCUCCCAGAUACUGCAGUCAGUACCUGCAGCAAAAAGGCAGCGCUCAUAGCUUGGUGGAAGCAGUGCUGAUAUCUAAGGGCCUGGGAAAAUAUGCGAAGGACCCAAAAUUUGUUGCAGCAACCAAACAAGAGAUUGCAGAUGCAUGCAAAAUCACCAUUGAUGAAAUGGAGAGUGCAGCCAGCAACUUGCUCAAUGGAAGUUUGAGCAACGGUGUGGUGUCAGAUGGCAGUGGAACGUCCCAGAGUAUCAUGGACCACAGUAUGCAUGACUUUAGUGAUGAGGAGACAGAGCCAAGCAGCAAAUAUGAGGAGGACCUUACAGAUGAAAUGAUAUGCAUCUCAAAUUUAUAGCAUUUGUUUAAAAAUAAGUAAAAACUGAUGAUAGGAGAAAUAGUGCCUUCUGGAAGCGAAGAAGAAACUCUCUGGGCUGAUCAACCAAGCAAAAUUCUUUACACUCUCCAGCUUAAUGGAUGAUAGGAUUAGCACAGAAGUAAGACACAGGAAAUGUGAGGACUAUUCACAAAUGUAUUUUAGCUUUCCAAAGGUAUUUUCCACAUGCAUUACAUAUCAACCAAACUGUGUCAUUUGCAGUCAUCAUCCUUUUUAAGAACUAGGAAUGCCAUUGACCAUCUCCCCUUCUAAAAGCUAGCACUGCUGUUAAUCUCACCUUCUAAAAGCUAACUAGCACUGCCAUUGACUAUCUCCCCUUCUAAAAGCUAGCACUGCUGUUUAUUUCCCCUUCUAAAAGUUAGCACUACUGUUUAUUUCCCCUUCUAAAAGUUAGCACUACUGUUUAUUUCCCCUUCUAAAAGCUAGCACUGCUGUUUAUUUCCUCUUUUAAAAGUUAGCACUACUGUUUAUUUCCUCUUCUAAAAGUUAGCACUACUGUUUAUUUCCCCUUCUAAAAGCUAGCACUGCUGUUUAUUUCCCCUUCUAAAAGCUAGCACUGCUGUUUAUUUCCCCUUCUAAAAGUUAGCACUACUCUUUAUUUCCCCUUCUAAAAGUUAGCACUACUGUUUAUUUCCCCUUCUAAAAGCUAGCACUGCUGUUUAUUUCCUCUUUUAAAAGCUAGCACUACUGUUUAUUUCCCCUUCUAAAAGCUAGCACUGCUGUUUAUUUCCUCUUCUAAAAGCUAGCACUACUGUUUAUUUCCCCUUCUAAAAGCUAGCACUGCUGUUUAUUUCCUCUUUUAAAAGCUAGCACUGCUGUUGACUGUCUCCCCUUUUAAAAGCUAGUACUGCUGUUUAUUUCUCCUUCUAAAAGCUAGCACUGCUGUUUAUCUCCCUGUUCUAAAAGCUAACAAGCACUGCCAUUGACUAUCUCCCCUUCUAAAAUCCAGCACUGCUAUCUCCCCUUUUAAAAGUUAGCACUCCUGUUGUCUAUGUCCCCAUCUAAAAGCUAGCACUGCUCGAUUGUUAAUUCUAAUUUAAACCCUUUUAACAUAUGCCUGUUUUGCUAGGUAUUAAUGUGCAGUUUACAGAGUAAGCCAUAUGUGUAAAAAGCACCUCAAAGUCUAAAUGCUGAGAAAACUGACAGCAGUUUACAUGGCUGAGUACAAUUGCUGGGUAGGUGUGAACUAAGGCCAAUAGAAAUACAGAGAUGAGUAAAGUAAAACAUUUGUUUCUUCUGUUUGUUUGUUACUGAGGUAAACAGAUCAACAUGUACACUAUAAGCCAAAAGUAUGUGGACACCUAACAAUGGGUUUGGACAUCCUGAAUCAGACUUUAAAACAGGAGCCUACAAAAAAUUGUAAACAUAACAGUGUCAAAUGGGAUUAUAAUAUUGAAAAGACCCACAUCAUCAUGCUAAACUAACAACAAACAAAGAAUUAAGAAAUUAAAGCAUUGUUGUUUGAUUAGAAAUGAAGAAUCAUUUUCGAGUGAAUUCUCGCUGAAAGUUAAUAAUGGACUACUACAUUCUAGAAUCCACAAAAUCCACCUGAUAAGAUUACUGAGUAAGACCAGAAUGAGUGAAUUAUAAAGUUGUCAUUGCUGGUAUAGGCAACCCAGUAUUUACAUAUGGGCACAAAAGAAGGCUUUAAAAAGACACACAAAACAAUAAUAUAUGACACCCUCUCUGUAAUAUAGAAUUUAUUCUGCUGGGUUGCCAGUUUCUUUCUCCUUCAUAUACAGUAAGGUCCAUUAUUGAAAAAAAAGAUUUUUUGUUGUUGUUGUUUAAUUUGUAUAUUUUGUUUUAGUCAUGCAGAGCGGGUUAAAUGUGAAAUUUAGAUGUUAGUGCAUUACAACUUUAAAAGGUUGAAAAUGGAUCAGUCCUACUGCUGAUGGAUUUCUGAACUAAUUUCCUAUAAACUGAAGACAACAGAUACAUAAUUUGUAAUAAGUUGUUAUAGGUAAUAAGAUGAUAUUGAAAGUGUGGGUUGUAGAGGUGCUCUGCCCUAUAAAAAUGCCCCUGACCAUGCGUUUUUAAAAAAUUGUAGAGAUACAAAGAUUGUAAAAUACCUCUUUACAAGUGGGGUGCACAUCACCAUGUUUACCACAACACCCCUGAGACAAAGAUCUGUAAUUUGUAUCUUUAAUCAACUGAAAGCCUCUUAGGAGUAGAGAACAGUAUCUAUAUUAAAGGAGUAAAAAACAUUUCUAUAAAAACCCUUCAGCAUCUAAAUAAAUUCAGGAAUUGAUCAUAUACUGUACUGUAAAAUAGUUUUUAAAUGGCUGUAAAUUUUUUAUCAACCAGUGACAGGCGAACUUUAUAAAGAACUUUAUAAACCACACACCUUAUCCCAACUGUGAAGUAUGGUAAUUGAAGCACUAGCACCAUCACUAAAAAAACUCCAAGGAGGUCUAUCAACUAAAGCCUAAAAGAGGUUGGACACAGUGACCUAAAAUGAGUUAAGCAACAAAAGAAAGUUUGUAAAAGCAGAGGUGUGUGUUUUGGAAUAGCUAAGUCAAAUGUAAAUCAGGCUGAAACAAUAAAACAUGACUUAAGAAAUACAAGAA